AUGGCCAUGUCAGCGAUGUUGUCUUUCAUGCUCCUGGCAACGGGGGCCUCUCUCCGCAGCAACCAGCAUGAGCUCCUUGACCUUAUGCCGAAGCCGGAGCCUGACUACUCCAGCAUCAACUAUGGGAAUUUCACCGGCAGGGAGGGUCGGGAAGCCAAGAAGAUCAACUUUGACGAUAUCAAGGCAUUGAUCGACUACUUGACGAGAGAGGAUGAAUUUCGUAGGGGGCUUAGAACCACGGGUGUAGAUGUCAUGCGAUUGGUCUCGAUCUACCAAGAAGUCCCAAAGCCGAAUGAUUUGAAGCCUUGGAUCGACUGGUUCCACAGCGAGGAUGGAGGAGGGGAGAAGUAUAAACAGGAUGCCAUCAAGGCUGCCCUUGAAGUCCUGUUCGAUGGAAAUCAUUCAUCCUUGGAAGACAUCAAAAAGUGGUCAGACCUUUUCUACAGCUAUUUUGAAGACAAGGUGGGAAGUUCCAGAAAAAGGAAAUUGUCUUAUCGCAAAAAAGCCACCCAACGUGCUCUUGAAGUACUGGCCACGGAAGAUCAUCCGGACAUGGAAACCUUGGAUGCUUGGACGAAGGCCUUGGCCAGCAAGGACAUGUUGUUCGGUGACAAAGAUGAGGCUUCCCAAUAUGCUCUCGCGGCUUUGACCACGAAACGUCGCCGAAGCAUGAUGACCGUCAAGACGAUCUUGUGGUUCUUGAAGGAAGCUGCACACUGGCAUCUAGAUCCACGUGAAGCCACGAAGAAGGCCUUGGAAGUGGUAUUGGGGAAGCCGGAGUUUCGCAAGGGGGAAAUCAUUCCCUUUCGCUACGGAGGUGUCAAGCAUUUCUCUUGGAACAAGGGUAAGGGUGCUCCAGAACAGAAACCUGAGCCGGAACCAGUUGAACCAGAUGAACCAGUUGAACCAGUUGAACCAGAACCAGGUGCAGAGCCAAAUGUGCCCGAAGGAUCCGAAGUUGAGGGUGAGAUCACCAAUUCUUAG